AUGUCGACUGAUCAAUCAACCACAGCAAACAAUAGUAUCACUACAAGUCCCAAGGUUCGCACUGGAUCCUGUCGAUGUGGCAAACUCACCUUCUCCGUUCAAGGACCUCGUCUCUUCAGCAACUAUUGUCAUUGUCGUAAUUGUCGAAAAGGAACCUCUGCUCCCUUCACUCUCAUCAUUGGUAUUCCAGAUCAACAAUUUCAAUGGACUUGCAACAAUUUAGCCCUCCUAAAAUCUAUGCCUUUCACUGAAAAUUUCGAGGGUUAUUGUGCAGAGAGUGGUGGCUAUGUGGCACAGAAACCUCUCAAAGCUCCUUUCGUGUCAACUGUUGCGUGUUGUUACGAUGAAAUGAAACAAACAUUUUGUCCAUUGAAGGAUGUUAUUGAAAAGGAAGGAGAGAAUGGAGUGGAAUACUUUUUCAAACCGGAACGUCAUGUGAAUUAUGAAAAUCGUGUGUGUGAUGUGAAUGAUGAAUUGCCCAAGUUUUUGGAUUUUCCAUCUCCAAGAGGAAGUGGCCGAUUGUACUCCAAGGAGCAAUAA